AUUAACUGAAAGAAGAUAGAUGAAUUGAAUUGACCAAUUUCAUAUAUUCAGUCAUCAUGUCAGAUCGAAGGAGAAUAAAUGGUCCACCAGGUGGAACAAAUGCACCAAUAUUCUCAAAGUAUCUUACCAAAGAUUCAAAGAAUCGUCCAGAACGGCCUUCAAGAAAUAGACAACCUAAUGUUCUAAGGAAAAUUUGUAUGUAUACAUAAAUCUAGUACUAUUGAAUCACAAACUUACAAUAUAUCAGUUUUGAAGACGGGCGUAACACCAUCAGCUUCAGGAUCUGCAUAUCUCGAACUUGAACCAUCACAACCUUCAAAUCAAUCCGCUCCAGGUCUUGCUUCCCUCUCUACUUCUGGUCUCAAACUUACAUGUACCGUUCAUGGACCUCGACCAUUACCUAAAUCUGCUGCUUUCUCACCACAUAUGAUUCUACAGACUCAUGUUAAAUAUGCGCCAUUCGCAUCCAGACGAAGACGUGGAUAUAUUAGAGAUACAAGUGAAAGGGAUCUUGGAGUACAUUUGGAAACUGCUUUGAGAGGAGUAAUUAUCGGUGAUAGAUGGCCUAAGAGUGGAGUUGAGAUUAAUAUUACGAUUCUUGAAGGAGAGGAGGAUCAUUGGUGGGGUGAUGAUAAAUCUUUUGGUUCAUUGACUGCAGGUGGAUGGGGUAUGAUGAGUGUACUCAGUGGUUGCAUAACUGUUGCUUCUGCAGCUAUUGCAGAUGCUGGAAUUGAUUGCGUUGAUGUUGUUUCUGGUGGGGUUGCCGCAUUAGUACGUUCACCGGCCAAUUCAGAGCAGGAGAGCUCUACUUCAUUAGUCUUGGAUCCAGUACCAUCUGAACAUAAGGAGAUUCUAGCAGCAUGUAUUGUGGCAUAUCUUCCAGCUCGAGAUGAGAUCACAGAUCUUUGGGUAAAAGGAGAUAUUGGGCACUCAACUGAGUCUAGCAAUGAUGAUCCAUCUUACGAAGAGCUUACGGAAAAUGCGGUACAAGCAGCUUUAGGAGCACAUCGAGUUCUUAUUGGAGCUUUAAAGGAAACUGCAGAUAUCAAAUUCAGACGAUGAUACCAAGCUUUUGAUUCUUUCUCGGGUAUUUGAAACAGGAGUUCUUUGGGAUUAGAAAAGAGAGUAAUGAAUGGUCAACAUUAACUCGGGAUGAUUAAGGCGUUGAGGGAAGGGACGUUAUUCCAUGAAAUGGAGGAGUUUCUCGUGAUAUUUCGAAGUUAGACUUCAAUAUUAUGUGGGACAAUCAGAAUCAG